GGCUGGAGCUGAAGCCAGAGGGCGGCGCCUUGGGGUCCUUCCCUUCCCCCCGGAGCAAGGGCCCUCCCUCUGGCCGGAAGUAUUCGGACCACUGCGAAGCCCGGGCCUCCCGGCCGGGCAAGAGCCGAAUCCCGGGGCGAGACCAUCGGCGAUACUACCAUGACCACUGGCGGCUGGAAUACCUGAUGGACUUCAACCCCGCCCGGCACGGGAUGGUGUGCAUGGUGUGCGGCAGCUCCCUGGCCACCCUCAAGCUGAGCACCAUCAAAAGGCACAUCCGCCAGAAGCACCCCUACUCCCUGCACUGGAGCCCCCGGGAGAAGGGGGUCAUCAGCAGCAGCUGGGAUGCCCACCUGGGGCUGGGGGCCUGUGGGGAGGUCGAGGGGCUGGGGGCCCAGGGGGCCGAGGAAGAGGAGGAGGAGGACUUGGAGGAGGAGGAAGAGGAGGAGGAAGGCCCCGCAGCCCCCCCAGUUUGCCCGCCCAAGGGCCCAGGCCGAUCCACCUCGGGCAGUGGGGGUGGCCGGCGCCGGAGGCGCGGGGGCCCUUCUACUCCCCGGAGGCCCGGGGGCAGCGGGGGUCUGGGGGCUCCCCGGAGCUUGGAGCGGCGGCUGAAGGAGUCCCUGCAGAGCUGGUUUCGGGCCGAGUUCCUCAUGGACUACGACCCACGGGGCAACCGGCUGGUGUGCAUGGCAUGCGGCCGCGCCUUGCCCAGCCUCCACCUGGAUGACAUUCGGGCGCACGUCCUGGAGGCGCACCCCGGCUCCCUGGGGCUCACAGGCCCCCAGCGCAGCGCCCUGCUGCAGGCUUGGGGUACCCCGGCUGCGGGGCCAGCCCAUCCCCCACCAGACGAUGACCUCGGCCCUCAAGACUUGACUCGAAAAGCCCCGGCUCCGGCCUCGGCUCCCUCCUCCCUGGAUCCCUCCCCGCCGGCUCCAGGAGCCCCUCGAGGGGGAGCGGCCCCCGGAGAGGGCGGAGCAGCGGCUGGGACCGCCGCGGGGCUGCCCCGCGGCCGCGAUCAUCGGCGCUAUUACCAGGAGCGCUGGCGGCUGGAGUACCUGAUGGAGUACGACGGGGGGCGCCGCGGCCUGGUGUGCAUGGUGUGCGGGGGCGCGCUGGCCACGCUCAAAAUGAGCACCAUCAAGCGCCACAUCCGCCAGCGGCACCCGGGCUCCACCGGCCUCAGUGGGCCUGUCAAGGCCCUCAUCGCCCAGGAGUGGAGCCGCAAGGCCACACACUUGCUGGCCCUGGGGCUGCCCUUCUCCGAGCCCCCGGGGGCCAGGGGAGAGCCUGCCGACCGCUCGCCCAACGCAGAGGAAGAUGGCAGCACCAGGAAAACUGAGGAGGAGGACGAAGGGGAGGACC